AUGCUAAUUUUGUUAUGAAUGUGUCUACAGGUUGAGGAACUGCUAAAGGAGUUUGACAACGUUUGCACUUUGAGAGUAAGGAUGCCGAUAUCCUCAGAUCUUAACAACCCGCGGAACUUCAUCACCAAGAUCUCCAGGUACAACAAAGUAGUGAACAUCCCAAACAGCAUGACUGUGUUGGACGAGCUUUUACCAAUCUCCAUUGAGAUGGCUAAAAGAAACUUGAGAGGAAUCUGGAACUUCACAAACCCAGGUGUGGUGAGUCACAACGAGAUCCUAGAGAUGUACAGAGACUACAUCAACCCUGAAUUCAAAUGGGCAAACUUCACACUAGAGGAGCAAGCUAAAGUUAUCGUGGCUCCAAGAAGCAACAACGAGAUGGACGCUUCUAAGCUCAAG